UGUGGGUCUGUCUAGUCUAUACAGCCCAUUUUCCACCUAGGUUUUCCAAGAGGCCAAUAUACAUAAAACCCCUGCAUUUUCUUCUUCAAAAUUUUCGGACUGAAAGACGCCUCCCAAAGAUUCUGACGCGAAGCAGCGGGAGAGAAAUGGUGACCUACAAAUUCCAUCAAUACCAGGUUGUAGGAAGAGCUCUUCCGUCAGAAAACGAUGAGCAUCCUAAGAUUUACCGUAUGAAACUUUGGGCUACUAAUGAGGUCCGUGCCAAGUCCAAGUUCUGGUACUUUUUGAGGAAGCUUAAGAAGGUGAAGAAGAGCAAUGGUCAGAUGCUAGCUAUUAAUGAGAUUUUUGAGAAGAAUCCAACAAAGAUCAAGAACUAUGGUAUUUGGCUGCGUUACCAGAGUAGAACUGGGUAUCACAACAUGUACAAGGAGUAUCGUGACACCACAUUGAAUGGUGCUGUGGAACAGAUGUACACUGAGAUGGCUUCUCGCCACAGGGUCCGCCACCACUGCAUCCAGAUCAUCAAGACAGCAACUAUUCCAGCUAAGCUCUGCAAGCGGGAGAGCACGAAGCAGUUCCAUGACUCCAAAAUCAAGUUCCCAUUGGUGUUCAAGAAAGUUAGGCCACCUACCAGGAAGCUCAAGACGACCUACAAGGCUACCAGACCUAACUUGUUUAUGUAAAACGUAUUCUUCGAUCAUUAAGUGGAUUGAGCAAUUUUGGUGCUCUAGACUUGUGGAUUCAACGUUCACUGGAAAGGGGAGGAAAAAGACACUUUUGUUGUGAUCAAAUGAUUAUCUUUCAUGCUCUUUAUAGAUCUAGAUACCAGACUGUUAUGUUCCAUUUUCAGUUUAUGUUCCAUUUCGAGUUUGGUAUUUUAUUCGCUCACAGUUUCAACUUGUA